UGUUGCCACCACAGUUUCCAUAGCAGCAGCUGCCCUGCUUUUUGUCUUGCCAUGGGAUAUGUAUUUCCCCACAGAAAGCUGGUGCAUACAGAAGAGAAAAGAACACAUUUGCAGGCCUCUUUCUCAGCACUGGGGAUUCAGUCACACCAGCAUGCUUUGUCAGGAGAUCCCAAUUCUGGAUCUGUGUCUAAACCUACACAACUGGAGACAGACAGACAAAAAGACUCGGCUGUGACCAUUCCACUCUUCACCAUGUUGCUCCAGAAUUGGAGAGGAUUUGCAGGCUUGCCCUCCCAGCACUGUCCUAGCAAUGAACAUUUCCCACAUGGCUUCGCAGAAAUUGAGUCCAUGGGAUUGCCCAGCAAAGUUGCAGAAAGUUCUAGAAGAAACCAUCAGCCCUCUCAACCAUUUUCUGCAGCAGAGCUGAAAAGGAUCAACAUGGACCUUUCUCCAAAGGUUCUCCUUCCAUCAAAGAUAGUUGUCAAUGGGGCAUCAGGACUGCUGGAGCUCAGCAGCUCAAGAGGCCGAGUGGGAGAAUACAGCAGGGAAUUCCUUCACCCCAAGCAUCCUCAGAGAGCCAGGUCUAUGAGUCCACCACAAGUGCUCCACACGAAAGGCAGCAGAAUGUACGUGUGUCAGGCAAGAGAUAUAUCAGAUGGUACAGAACACAAUAGCUCAACCGUCAGAAGGAGGCCUUAUUUCUAUCGCCUCCCAAACUGGAAUACGAGGGAGGAUAGUUCCACACAGCCGCUAGCUGGAAGGAGACAGAGCUGCUCAGAGUUGGACCUGCGGGCAUCUUUACCAGAAGAGCUGCCAAGGAAACUUGAGGAGGGAGAAACCUGCUCCGUGAGGAACCUUGAGCUGGAACUCAACAUGAUGCUCUUUGAGCUGUUCUCCCUGAAGCAGAAGCAGAUGGAGAGCUCUUUCGCUCAUAUAGAAAAGGAAAAGCAGUGGUUGGAAAGGACUUGCUUAGAAGACAGGAAGCACAAAGGACACCUGGACGAUAAGCUCUUCAGUUUGGAAACAGAGCUGGUAAAGGCCAGAUCUUCUCUAGGCAAAAGGAACCAUGGACCGCUCUCAUCCCCGGGCUCCAAUCAGAAUUCCACUGUGGAAGAACUGGUCAGCCUUCAAAGCAGCCUGUUGGCUCACAAAAGCCACAUCAAGGCCUUAGAAGAAAAACAAGAGGAGAUGGGGCAGGAGCUGGAAACUGCAAAAGAGGGGCAGCGGAAGGCAUUGGGCCAGGCUGCCGAGGCCAGUCAGAGAGCAGCUGAUUCACAACAGGCCAAUCAAGUGCUGAAUGAAGACAGAGGGAAGCUCCAAGUUGCCUGCAGCAGCAUCAGCCUGGAGAAGGAUCGGCUGGAGGAGAAAGUGAGGGAGCUCAGCCUGAAGUUGGCAUCUGCUGUUUCUGACUGGGAGAGAGUCCUCCAGGAGAAGGUAGCUCUCCACCAGGAGGUCCAACAUCUCACCUUGGAGCUGGAACGUGCGCGGAAACAGCAGGAAGGCUCCAACGACCAAGUCUCAGCCCUCCAUUCAGAGCUCGUCUGUGCCAAGACCCAAGUCAACCACCAGGACAAGGAGAAGGUUCUCAUGGAGGAGGAGCUGGAAUCCACCAGACAGGCAUGCAAAAUGCUCUCUUCCGAAGCAGCCGAGAGCCGCCAGAGGCUGGAAGCCUCUCUGGAGAAGCUCCAUCGCUCUGAAGCAGAGAAGCAGAUCCUUGAGGGCCGCAUCCGGGCGCUGGAGAAUGAGCAGAGCCAGCUGCUGGAAGAGGCGGAAGGGAGGGGAGCCGCUCUGAGUCAAGAGGACAGGAGGAAGCUGGAGGAAGAGGUGAAGGCUCUUCAGGAAACCUGUGCGAAUCUCAGGGAAUCUUGGAGGCUCCUGCAGAGGGAGAAGGACAUCCUGCAGGCUCGUACCCUGGAGCUAGAAGCAGCUCUGCAAGCCAAGCAGGAAGAGGUGGGCAGCCGGCUGGACAGCCAGGAGCACAUCCCCCAGGACAGGAGAGGUCGGCAGCGGCAGCAGACGGCAGCCGCAAAGACCAGGGAGGAGGAGCUGCAGAACAUGAGUGCCCCAGGCCUCUCUGCCAAGGGGCAGAGUCAGGACUCGGAAGCGAAAGUCACCAGGAGCCCCCAGGAAGAGCAGGAGAGCCUGAGACGGCAGCACCAGCUGGUGACCGAGCAGCUGAAAGGGCUUUUCAGGCAGCAACAGGCAGGAUACAAGAAGGAUCCCGGAAGACCAAAGGAAGAAAGUUCAGCGGCUCCUCUGAAGUCACAAGGGAUGCUGACUGUAGCCAAACCCAUUAGGCUUCCUGAGGAAGGUCAGGCAGAACUUCAGGGCGUUCCCGGCACGGGUGGAGAAGCCCAGAGUCUACAGCAGCAGCUGAGAGAGAAAACGGAAAUAAUCACCUCCAUGGCCUCUGAGAUCCAAGCUCUGAAGCAGAAGAAUGAAGCCUUAAUGAAAGCCAAACUGAGGUUCCAGCAACAGAUCCAAGAGAUCGGCAGACUUUCGAAGCAAGGACCAGAAAAGAGCAGGGCCGAGUGUUUGGUUCCCCAGCUCUCCACUAACCCGGACCGGGAUGUGCAAAACGCUCAUGGAUGCAACAACCCUGUGCCUUCGCCCCAAAGGAACGAGCUCAUAUCCUCCAUUUGCGGCAGAGAGAACUGGCCUGCGGCUACACAGGAGGCUCAGCUCCACUCUGGUGCUGAAGAAGAGCGAAGCUGUGUCUCUUCUGACACGAGUGUCGCACAUUUGUCAGCCACAACCUCUGCUGCCCAUGGAAACCUCCUCUCUGCAUGGCCUCGCCCCUCGCUCCCGGGGUCCUCCGGCCCCACUGUGCCUUCUGCAAUUCUUUUGUUGCCCCCCACGACUUCCCACCAAGAAGGCCAGGGCCACCUUGAGGGCGAAGGGACCUUGCUCAGCCCCCGGAGCUCAGCUCUUCUGUCCCCAAGGCCAUUUGGGUCCCCAAGACCAUGGUCCCCCUUUAAAUUCAGAGGGAGCCCCGAACCUUCAGAAGAAGACCGAACUGAAGGAGAGCUGGAGAAACUCUGCCAUAUUUGAACAUGAGGAAAUUCAAUGGGAAGAUCACUUAGAUCAUCUGGGGAGAGUCUCCUUGCAGUACUGUGCCCUGCAGGGUGUCACAGGGCGGUGACUCCCAAAACGGGCUUUUCUGCUAUUGUCCUUCCACCAUGAAGCAGCACCCAUCUUGCCAAGACACCUCUUCUUCUCCCCCAGGCUCUCCUGGAGCAUAAGGCCAGUUUUUAUCUGUAGGAAUUCCCCGAAUUCUUGUUUCUGCAUGCUUUCAUACUACUUUUUUUUACUGGUUUUGUGUGGUAUUUUUGUAGGACUUGUCUUAUUUUUACGGUUAAAUUGUUUUUCAUAUUGUGCCAGAUUCUUGAUCAGCGUCCUAUCCCUAAAGAAGAAAAACGGACUCCUGUGCGGCUCGGAUAACCCUUUUAAACCAUGAUUUAUGUUUUAGGAUGUAAUUAGGUGAUAUCAUCAUUUAUAAAAAAAUUCCUUCAGUAGCACCUUAAAGACCAACUAAGUUUUUAUUUUGGUAUGAGCUUUCGUGUGCAUGCACACUUCUUCAGAUACCAUUUAUACCAUUCAUCAUUUAUGUCUUUUAUUAAUUUAUGAGCAGAGGGCGAUGUUUAUGUUGAAAAUUUAUUGUAUUGUAUGUUGUUGGGUUUUUUGUUUGUUUGUUUGUAAGUUUUUGGCUGUUUUAAAUUUGGAGGUUUAAGUACAUAUAUGUUGGUAUGGGAAUUGUUGUGAUGGGCCAAUGGCCGUAAUAAAUAUCAAUCAAUCAAUCAUAUUGUGUUAUAAUCUUGCAACCUGCCCUGGAAUCAUCCCAAACGGUGGGGCCUCCAAAGGUCAUUUUAUGCAGGGGGGAGAAGUUUGAACCCUCCCAAUUUGCCCUUUCCACUUGGCUUUGCUGGAGCCCCGCACCGCAAAAUUUGAGGAAGUGCAGAUUUAAAAGGCUGCAAUUCAGUUUCCCCUUUGUUUCACGAAGUG